AUGGGACUGCGAAGACGGCUUGGGUACCUGCUUGAAAAGAGUCUGGCGUACCACCGAGUGGUCUAUAUCAAUCACUUACAGAAGCACAGAGCACAGCCUUCCUUCUUCCAACUCACCAAAGGGGUUCUUAAGAUUCUGAUGAGCCGUGGACACUACUUAAGCUCGCUCCGACAGACUGCGGCUGGAGACGAAUCCAUGAAGCCGAUUAUAAAGGGGACAGAGGGCGAGUGGGUGCUGAGCCGAUACCUGCUACCCCCUGGCUUGCACGAGAUUUCUGUUGGUGACGUCGUUGUCAUGAGAUAUGAUCCCGCAAAAAUUGUCUCUUCCACCAAUUCAGCCCAUCCAAAUUUGGCCCCUGAUGCAACGGCCAACGUCGGGACAGCAAUGGGAGUAACAGCCACUGAAGAAAAAAAAUCAGGGGACGUUUCCCAGUUGGUAACCGCCGCUUCUUUCAAAACCAACAAUCCCAAAAAGCUCAUGAAAAGGAAGAAAUUGGCCCAGACACAAGCUGCUACCAGUACAGUCACUCGCAGAACCGAUGCUGCCACCGGUGCAGCUUAUGCCUCCUCUUCCUCCUCCUCUCCCUCCUCCUCUCCCGCAUCCUCUCCCUCAUCCUCCUCCUCAUCUUUAGCUUUCUCGUCCUCGUCUUCUUCCUCAUCCUCAGCUUCCCAGGCCGACACAUCACAGAACCCUCUUAAGGCUGCUUUUCGGCGAGUCGCAGCCGUUGCUGGAGAUGAGAUCGUGUCAUCUCGGCCGUCGGAUGAGCCGUUUCGGAUAGAGAAGGAUCAUUUUUGGCUGCUUGCUGAUAACUUGGCUGUUCCUGCAAAGGAAGCUAUUGACAGCCGCACCAUUGGUCCUGUGCACAAGAGCUACAUUUUGGAAAGAGCGCUGUAUGUGAGGGCACUGCAUAUGGUGCGAUCAGAGGAUGAGCAUGGGCCCAUCCGAAGCAGGUGA